AUGUACAUGUUGGUUGAAAACCGCACAAGUUCCUAUCUUCAUCUGAAGAGGUCACCUGGCAUCCGAUCUUGGUCUGUCUUUGUUGGAAUAGCCUCCAUAGGUUUGGCUGCUGCUUAUUACAGUGCAGACAGCUUGGCAUGGAAGCUCUUCUAUAUGGCUGGGUGUUUCUUUGUGGCAGCACAGAAUCUGGAUCAGUGGGAGGAAGCUGUAUUUGAUAAGAACAAGGGAACAGUCUGCCUAAAAACAUUCAAUCUUUACAAGAAAAUGCUGACUUUCUCAAAAGGAGGCCAUGAACAAG